AUGCUGCGAUUCUGGAAGAACAGGGCACCUCGCGAAUCCGGUGCUACGAAGCCGCUGGUGCACGUCGUCUUGUUCCAGUUCAAGGCACAGCUGUCAGUCGAGCAGCGCAAGGAGUGCUGCGCCCAGAUGCUCCGGCUCAAGGACAAGUGUAUCCAUCCGGGGUCAUCGCGGCCAUACAUCCGGUCCUCAGUCGGCGGGCUCGAUUCGAGCAUCGAGCAGCGACAGGAUGGCAUCACGCACGCGUUCGUCGUCGAGUUUGACAGCGUCGAGGACCGCGACUACUACGUGCAGCGAGACCCGGCGCACAAAGCGUUCGUUGAGAGCAUGAUGCCCAAGCUGGAGAAGGCGCAAAUCAUCGACUUUUCACCGGGCGUCUUUUGA